UACACCGCUGCUCUGGUCGUUUUCCUACAGACGAAGGAGAUCACCUUCACGUCGUGGCUGUAUUUGUUAUUUUGCGACAAACGCGGCUCUGAUAACUUUAUUCAUUUUAUCCGAGUCUAGUUUGAGCGGUGGACCAACACACUCGUCUCCAACUACUGAGUAGCAGCGCUUUACGGGUCUGUUCUGAAGUAGAGCCUCCAAAAUGCUGAUUAAGGUUAAGACGCUCACAGGCAAAGAAAUAGAGAUCGACAUCGAGCCCACGGAUAAGGUAGAGAGGAUCAAGGAAAGGGUUGAAGAGAAGGAGGGAAUCCCGCCACAGCAACAAAGGCUGAUCUACAGUGGAAAACAGAUGAACGAUGAGAAAACGGCAUCAGACUACAAGAUCCAAGGAGGAUCUGUACUACAUCUAGUCCUCGCGCUCAGGGGAGGCGGGAUAAUCUACUGACCCCUUAGUUUCUCGGAGCUCGCGGAACGGCUGUUCAGCUUGUGCUCCUCACAGAACUGAUUAUGGCUACGUAUGAUGAGAGCAUGCGAUUUCGUACAUCCAGAACAAGUCUAGAUAUUCUUUUUAUUUAGAAGUCUGAACAGCAAGUGGAACUUCACUUUGAGCCACAUUAAUGUACUGAUGCCACCAUUUCAGCAAAUCAUCAGAGCUUCUUUAACCGUCAGCCUCUGCAAAGGAGAGAAACAAAACAGUGUUGAAAGGCAAGGCCUGUUCACUUUAGUCCAUUAUGUUCGAGUGCUUUAUUUUUGAGUAUGUUGCAAACAUUUUGUUAUUUUUCUAACGAAUAAAAGGAUUUAGCUUUGUGGCUCAUUCUCAACUGACGUUGACUGUAAGGUUAUGUGUCCUAAUCUUUGAUUUGUGAGAAUUUCAGAUUAAGAAAAAAUAAAAGCCAUCCUGCUUUU